CACACAAGUGUGUGGAAAAAGAUCAGUCGAUCAGAAUAGUUUCAAGCAAGUAUAUACUUUUCAAUAAUAUCAACCGAGCGAUAUGGAUGAAUUGUCGAGGGAGGAGCAGGAUCUGCUCAGAAAUACCUUCAGGAUCUUGGACAAGGAGAACGAGGGAGCCAUUACCUCCAAGGAGCUGGGCGUGGUCAUCCGUGCUCUGGGUCGCCAGCCCAACGAAUCCGAGGUGCAGUCGAUGAUCAACGAGGUGGACUCGGAUGGAAACGGCUCCAUCUCGGCAGCGGAGUUCUGCAACGUGAUUCUUCGCAAGAUGCGCGACACCAGUAAGGAGGACGAGCUGCGCGAUUCCUUCCGCGUUUUUGAUAAGGAGAACAACGGGUACAUCUCUGCCACCGAGCUGAGGGCCGUCUUCAUGGCCCUGGGCGAGAAACUGGGUGAGGACGAGCUGGAGGACAUGAUACGCGAGUACGACCUGGAUCAGGACAACCACCUCAACUUCGAGGAGUUUGUGAACAUGAUGACCUUGCGCUAGGCUCCUGAUGCAAUUUUACUAUUACAAACCUUAUCUACAUUUUGCACUGAAGAAUGGAAAACACUUAUUAUUAACAAUGCAGGACUGAAAUAUAAAUGAAAUCAAAAACUAG